GGUAGAAUCGGGCAGUGCGGGGUUCACGGACAAUGUGGUUGGAGGCUGUGGAUGGGAGUUCCCCAGAGGUGAUGGGGUUUUGGAUGGUCUGGGAGAUGAUGGUUUGGUGAUGGAAGGUGAGGGGGGCAGUAGGACGAGGUGUCUGCGAGUUGGCACUUGGCUUCAGCAGUGCAGAGGUUGGUAUGCCACAUGACUACUACACCUCUGCCACUACUCCCACCCCUCUCCCCCCGACUGUGGGUUUGAUGGCGAGAUUGGGGUUGGAGCAAAGGGAGUGGAGGGCUGCACAUCAUGAGGGAGGGAGUUUGGAGAGGUUGACACGGUCAAUGUCACGUAACAGUUUGAAAUGAAGAGGUCAAGUGUGGGUAACAGUCAGGCAUGGGGUGUAUAGGUGGAUGAAGUGUGUUAGAGAUGGUAGAAGGAGUCCUAGGUAGGUGGGCGGGUGGCUUGGUUGAAAAAGUGGGCAUGGAGGCAGCGGAAGAAAUGUUCAAGGUUGCAGUGUGUGUCGAAACUCAUUAACCUGAGACUGUGGGGUGUUGGAAAGAGGACUGCUAAGCGCGAGUUGGGGAGAUUGGGAAAAAGGGUUGCUGAGUGAGUGUUAGGGAGUACGUGUGCGCAAGUUGUCAGUGCUUGGCAAGCCUCUCUGGCAGUAUGUAAUAAUGUAAAUUGGAAAUGUCAGCUAUGUACAACAGACGGCGCUAGUCUAGGUUUCGAGUUAAAACACUUUGGAGAGGGGAAAUUAGGUGCGUUACUCUGAUCGGAAAUGAUCCGGAUGAGACUGUCUAAUUCUGACAUUGGCAGUGAAAAGGUUUAUGCUGCCUCAACUCGAAUAAAAUGUGUUCGAUCCGGCUGACGAAAGUUAGCACUGAGCGUGUUAACAGUGAAACUGGAGGAUAUCUAUUUUCCACAGACAUCUUGCCCGCAAAUCAAACUGCAACCUGGAAUUAUCAACACUUCAUCAAAAGCAAAACAAGCCUGGGCAGACCAGACCUCUUCCCGCUGUCUUUACCGGGCCUUUAAGUAGGUUGUUACUGGAAUGAAACAUUCCUAAAUUUUCUCCAAUUUUACAGGGCGCCCAGACAUGGUCUCUCAUUGACAUUUACAGCUUAAAAAAUAAUUUGUAUAUGUAGAGAACCACUUUAUACAAGUCAGCAACGAACUCUGCAUGCGAGUUUGUUCUGCUUGAGAAUAGUGGGUAUAAAUUUUGUAUACGAGCAGGUUUGUAUGCGUGCGUGUGAAUGUGUGUAUAAGUGUGUGUUAUUCCUAUCAGUUGAAUGUGUUUAACAAUGAGAGUGCGUGUGUCUUUGUGUGUCUGUGUGUGGUCUAGGACUGUCUGCGCAGUGGAAUUUGCCGAAGGACUUUGUUAAAUUCGGGGUGGCAGAAGACAUCCGAAAUAGAUAAAGCUAAAACAAACAUUGCCAUCUCCAGGUUCUACGAACCAAAUUGGACUUUCCUUCCUCGUUAUCUGGUUUGGUUACAAGUAUGAUCAUUGCUUCGUUGUCAGCCUGCUGUCUGCUUAAUAAUGCACAAGGCGGGUAGGAAUUGGUGAACAGAAAAGGAAAUUACGUUACUGAGAAAGAUGAUCUUACAUCACAGAAGGGGAUCACCGAGAGGAGGGAUGAGGGCGUUAAAUUGCCCAGUGAGUGAGUGGAAAAGUGAGACAGGGAAGGGGAAACUUGGGAUUGGAAAUGAGAGAUAUGGAAAGAGGAAAGAAGAAACAAAAUCAGAAAUUGCUGGUAAAACCCAGCAGGUCCAAGCAGCAUCUGUGGAGAGAAAGCAGAACUAACGUUUGGGCCCGGUGACCCUUCCUCAGAAUGGGAGAGAAGAAAAAUUGGGGAAAUGAGAAUAGAAUGUGGGAGAAAAGUAAAGAGGGAAGGGGGAAUUUAUUCGUUGAGAGGGAGGAGUGUGAGGGUUAAUUACGGGAAGAAGAGGGUGUUAAUCCUGAGGAGAAAGAGAUGGGCAGUAAGGUGGCUCAGUGGUUAACACUGUUGCCUCAUAAUACCAUGGACCCCGGUUCGAUUUCACCCUCUAGAUGCCUAUGUGGAGUUUGCACAUUCUACCCGUGACUGCGUGGGUUUCCACUGGGUGCUCCGGUUUCCUCCCACAGUGCAAAGACGUGCAGGUGAGGUGGAUUGGCCGUAGAAAUGCAGGGUUACAGGGCUAGGGAUGAAGAGCAGGAUGCGCAUAGGAGGGAAGGUGUGAACUCGAAGGGCCGAAAGACCUGCUCGACACUGUAGGGAUUCUUGAGAGGCUUAAUUCUAGGAGGGAUUUAAUCCGCUGAGAUGGAGAGGUGGUCAACGCAUUGAGUGAUUACCUUUUGAGCAGGAAGGGGUUAAACUGAGGGAGGGGUUUAAACCCACUGAGCAGGAGGGAGGGGUGACGCCAGUGAGGAGGGGAGGGCCGGGAGCACUGGGUUGAACGCGAGCACUUCAUUGUGUGCGAAUAUCCACCGACCCGAGAGCCUGCCUCGCUUUUCUCUCAGCCGGGACUGGCUGCUCUUUUAAAAGGAGUUGGGCAAUCCCAGCCUCUGAUCACAUGGUGACUUGCUUCAACAACAGAGUGAGAGCAGAAAGCGAUCGGUGCCUGAGAACUGAGUGGCCGUCUUUGCAAGUGGCUGGAGUGUGUAUAUCUGUGCGAGAGAGAAGAGGACGAGUAUCGGGCACUGAGCUCGGAAACCCCCGCAGCCAGCAACCGGUCCCCUCGCCUCUUCUUGUGUCGGACGGCGGAGAUGCGAGAGGAUGGCCGGCCGGUCGGCCGGAGCUGGGAGCCCGGCUUCCAGGCUGAAGAGGUACCGAGCUCUUGGGGAUUGACGAGGGGCAGGGAGACGGCACCAUGAAUCCCCCUCUUUUCACCGGCCUGGCCGGGGUGAGGUUGCUGCUGGCCGCCCUGGCUCUCCUCUUUCUCCCGGCUGUCCUCGGCGAACCCGCCUCCAGCGCGCCGAGCCGAGCGAAAAGUUUGCGAACUCUGCUCGCCGUUCCCGCGGUGCCGAGUCGGAGGCCCCCAGCCGGAGAGGUGCUUUCCCAAGAUGUGUUCUGGACCGAUGGCCUGGACCGCUCUCCGGCCGCCGGUUUCUCCGAGUUGCACGUCAAGCGCUGGCAGCUGAAAGCCCGCUCCUCCCGCCUCGUCUCCCUGGACCCAGGCUGCGGUAGGUUGUCCAACAGGCUGGCCAGCUUCUCGGAUGGCACCAGAGCCUGCCUCAGGUAUGGCAUCAACCCCGACCAGGUGCUUGGCGAGACUCUCUCGUUCUAUCUCUCCAGGCUCCUGGGUAUCCGCAAUGUGCCGGCCCUGGCUCUAUCUAGGGUCAACACCAACGUCGAGCAGUGGCUGGGGGUCAGACGCGAUGUUCAAGACUCUCAAUGGUCGGAUAAACCCAUCGUCAGUCUUACCGAGUGGAUCAGUAACCUCAGCGACGUGGUGACCCCGCCAUCCCUUCGGACAGAAGGAAGGACGCUGUACCCCAGCCUGGAAGACCUCGAUAAUGUGACCAACCGAGAGCUGAUGGAGCUUGUGCAAUGGUCAGACCUCAUCCUUUUCGAUUACGUGACCGCCAACUUCGACAGACUGGCCAGCAGUCUCCUGAACCUGCAGUGGGACUCCAGGGUAAUGGAGAGGUCGACCAAUAACCUCCACCGGACUGCGAAGGGGGCUUUGGUUUUUAUCGACAAUGAGGCGGGACUCGUCCAUGGUUACCGGGUGCUGCCCAUGUGGGACCGGUACCACGAAUCACUCCUGAAGACAAUCUGCAUCUUCCGGAAGGAAACCGCCAGGAAAAUCGCCGAGCUGCACAAGUCCCAGAAUGUUGCCCAGCAAUUAUUGGAUCUGUACAGGGUAAAUGAACCCCUGGCCUCCCAGAUGGGAUUCCUGUCUGAGGAACAUGCUCAGAUGUUGCAAAACAGGACUGAUCGUUUGUAUAAACACAUACUGCAAUGUAAAGCUAAAUAUAGUAAAUAAGUUUUCAUGGCUGUUUAAAUUUUAGAUCUUGUUCUACAGUUAACCACCUCCUCCGACACCACCCCUACCCUAUGUUUUUGAUUGCAAGGAAAUCGUACUCCAGCCAUAUGGGUGAUAUUAACCAAUAGACCACAAGGAGGUGCUCUUGAUAAAAAUUAUGAGAGAUGUCUCUGGAUAAUUCUAUGGACAAUUGAUAAACUCCUGGCCUGAAGGAAGGGAAAUCUAAAUUUGUAUGUUGCAGAGGACUGGAAGCAAUGUGUUGAGCAGAAGCUGGUUGUGGAUGUGGGCUAGCUGGGCCUGGCAUGAUGAAGCAGCGGCAACGUAAAUCAGAAGAAUGGGAGAUUCUUAUUCAAAUUGUGGACACAUAAACAUUCUUAUUGUAACUUGGUUUUAUUGUAACAUCUUGGAAGUCAAAUUCGUAACUUAAAACAGCUGCCAAUUUUAAACUCAAUCCCAACUUUGAGUUGCCAAGUUGCUUGUGUCGCCCACUUGUAAAUUUAAUUCUUCCUUGCACAGUUUUAAACUGAGUAUACACCAUGAAUUUGUUGUUCUGGAAUUACUCUAAACAAAAUAAGACUCUGUUUCCUUUUAGUUACUGCAAUGUAGCUGCUUCCCAUCAGGUUCUACCACAUGCCUAGCACAUAAAAGUGACAGAUGAUUAUCUCAAUGCAGUUCUCACCUUUCUCUUGCCUGAUUCAUUAAGACAAUCCAGAUAGUUGCAAGUCCACUAUUGUGUAAGGAGUCACACAUUUUAAAGUUAAAAUAUAAUACAUAUUGCAUUACAAAUUGUUGAUGGUAGAUUUUUAAAAGUAGGAAUAGUCCAUUUAGUAUCUUAAGCUUGUUUGCCAUUCAGUAAGAUUAGGGCAAAUCGGCAUAUUAAUUCCAUAUCCCAGCCUUUGCUCCAUGUCCUUUGAUACCUUUAACAAAAAAGGCUAAUCAUGUUAGAUUUUCAUUGGCCCAGUCUUUUGGGGGAGAGUUCAACUUUGUACUAAACAUUGUAAAGAGAAGUGCUUCCUGAUUUUCCUGCUAAGUGUAUUAGUUCUUAUCUUAAAAUUACAGGCCCCUUAUUCUGAAUUCCCACAUUAAUCAUUAAUUGCCAGCAAUCCUAAAUAGUGUUAAGAAUUGUUACUGCAUAUUUGAAGCUUGAUUGAGUAGCCUGGGUUCACCAUUGGAAUAUUCAGUUAUUGUAUGAACAUAACACUAUCAGUUCUAGUUUCAUUCAGUCCAAUUGAAGCCCACUUUUCUCUCUCUCAACUUGACAGACAAGAAACAAUUGCUCUUGGCCCAUCUGUGCCACAUAGUAGAAAAUAAUUGCUAGUGCCUGGGUCAUGUCAUGAAACAGUGAAUCUGUUCCAGGCACUGGAAUAUUAAAGUGUCAGAUUAAAAGGGACUGUCUUACAAACUCAAAGAAAAAGUUGCCCAUCUCAGAUGCAUAUGCGGAAUGGAAUGAAAAAUCCAUAUUUACCACUAGUUUGAUUUUUGAUACAUGUUAUAUUUUUUAAAAACCUAACCAAGAAGAAAUGGAACACCACAGGAAAUAAAUUGGGAAUUUAAAAUAGGAAAAUGUACAUUUCCCUUCAGAAUCUUGCAGCAACGAUGUGUAAAUAGUUAUUUUGUGGGUGUCACUAGAUCACUAAUAAUUAAAUCCAUCCAAAAGAUUGCAACAAUUUCUAGUUUGGAGAGUAUAUGAAUCAUAAUAAUAUUCUAACUUUUUGAAUGUGAAGCUUAGUCUAUGUCAAACAGAAUUGACUUUGGUUAUAACUGUGACCAGGCUUGUCUCUCAAACCGACUAAUUUCUAUUUGGAAAUAUGACCAAGCACUAAUGCAGCCAGCAUCUGCCUGACACAGGUUAGGUCCAGUUUAGAAAUGAGACAAAUGCAUUGGUAAGCAGGGAUUAAUAUUUUAAAGAAUUGCACAAGAAAUAGUGGAAAAUGAGAAUUGUUUUUCAGAGAGGGUUGUUAAUUUUUUUUGUGAUAUGUAAUGGAGUGUUGGAAGUAAAUACAGUAGGAGCUAUCAAAAGGCACUUAGAGACUAAUUUUCAACAUUAUGGGAAAAAGUUGGGAUUUGGGACCAAAUUUUACAGCAUUUUUAUUUUUUAACAAAAAUCCCACAUGGUUCUUCUAUGUUGUAUGAAUCUAUGAUAUGGAAUUAGUUUUGUUUCUAAUUGUGAUUCGGAUCCAUCACUAUCUAAAGGGAGCUGAUAAACAAUCAGACAUGUUGUAACUGAAGUUCAGGCUUGUGAUGGCUUCUUGUGACCUGUGAAUCUUAAUUGAGUAUCUUUGAAAUGCUCAGAGAAAUUAAUUGAUCAAUUUGUGAAAUAUACAGACGUGUAGGAUUUACUUAACCAUUGGAAACUUUGAAAGCUUGAAUGUACCAGAAUCAUGCAAGCAGGCAAAUGAAUUCUGUAAAGAGUUCAGAAGUUGCAGUAUGCUGUCUAUACACAUGUGGUACUUAUUAGUCCAGACAAAGUAAUCUAAACUUAAAGCAGUUUUUAAAUGCUUAAAGUGUUGACCAGAUUUCCGAUGUUUCAAUGAAAACAUUUGGUUUAGAAUGAAUAAAUAUUAACUGCUGCUUUGAGCCUUCAAUAAUUUGACCUGCUCAUCUCAGUAUACGAAUUGAGUUGUUACAGUGUGUAUAAGGUGUUUACAUAGGCUUACAUACCACAUACAGAAACAGACUAUUCAGCUAAUCAUUCUACAUUGGUAUUUUAAAUAUGUUAGAAAUGAGUAAUGACAGGGUCAAGCCUCUUGCUUGUAACUGUGCUGAUAGUCUUGUGAUUUGUUUUGUUCAGGGAAGGGCGAUUGAAUGUGACUGGAUAGGUUGCCACAUGCUAGAUUAUGGUCUUAAUAUAAAAUGAGGAACCUUCUGGUUUCAAAGCAAAUGCCUGACAGCAUGCUCCAUGUUUUUUUGUGUUGACAUUCAAGGCAGCGAAGUUCCAAGGAAAUGGCUAUAUACCACCUGUGUCUAAAAUGAAAGCCGUCUGUUUCACAUUGAUGCUGCUUCUCAAAGAAGACAUUGUAAAGCAUAUAGUUUAGAGGCAAAAUGCAAGUCAUUUUAAUAAAUUAAUGUUUUAUAUUUUAAUCAUAAUCCAGCUAUUUUAAUUAAAUCUGCUAUUUCUACUGGUUAGACACGAGCAGUUGAGGAAUAAUGAAGCUGUAAAGCAACAUAUCUAAAUGAAAAUGAGAUUUUGAAGCGAAUAGCAAACCAUUAAUCUGCUAUUUACUGUUGUAUAUUGAUUGUCAUCCAUAAAGAAAAAUACUCUUCAUCUUUUCAAAAGCCAUCCAAUCCAAACUGUUAAAUAGAAGAUGCUAUCUGUACAUUUCCUCGUAUCUCUCAGGCAACACCUGAUUAAGCAAUUUUUGUUUUAGAAUUGCUGUCAGAUACGAUCUGAGUGGAGAUGAUUUGUGUAGCAAGUUCUUUGUCUUAAGUGGCACCCUGAACAGAUCCAGUCAUAACCAUGUGAAGUACAGAGCAAAAUAGACUGAAAUACCAAUACUUGUGCAGACAGCAGUGACAAUUUUAUGGUCAUUUUGUAGAUCAGAGUUCUCCAUUAAACUUCGUGUUUAGUCUUAGCUUCCAUCAAAAUCAAUGGGUAUGAAUAAUUGGGAGUGAGGAAGCAUGGGUGGGUGUCUCCAUUUUAAAAUCUACAACAUAUUCAUUAAAACUGCAGUACACUCUAUAACCUCAUGGACAAUUUGGUUGAUAAUUGACAUGAUAGCUUCGUAACUGCUCCAUUCAUAUUAAAAUUUUAUUAUCUCUUAAAAAAUAUUCAGGAAGUUUCUCAGGUGGAACAAUAAGUAAACAAAUUACCUUGUGUGGUACUAAUGAUACAUACCAGUGUCUAUAAUUCAGUGUUCAACCUGUGCUGAAUUAUCAGUUUCAUGCCAAUACCUUGAUAUUUUUAAACAUACCUUCCCAUAGCCUUGGCCAGAUUUGGCACAAGCAUAAGUGUCUUUUAAAAUUUAAUAUAAUUUCCAAGUAAAGUGCAAGGACUAUAAAAUGAAUCUUUGCACAGCAUUCCAACAAGGUAAACAUUGCUCUUGGUUAAACCAUACUCAAUGUAUCUGUCAUCUCCAGAUAGGCAAGGGCAGAAAAUGUGGGAGGACAAAUGAGUUCUAAGGAUGUUGUCAUACAUGCUACCCCUUUAAAAACAUUUAAUGGUUGCUGUUCAUGACAUCCUACCUUGCCCGCCCUCUAACCUCUGCUCACACACAUACUGUCACAUAAAACUGUCCAUGCAAGGUAUAAUUAGCGCUCUCCAGGUGAAAAGCAUAAGAAAAACAAAAAUGUUUUCUUUGUCCCUCUUCUGUAUCGUGAAAAGAGAAAGCAAGUGAAAGUGGUAAGAAAGAAUAUGAAAAAUUAGUUGCUCGGGAGCACUACGUGUGGGCAUGUGGAUGAGAUCUGGGAUCUUGUGACAGUAAUUGAGUGUAGAUUGUGCCCCCACCCCCCCAGUCCUCACAACUAAUUCAGAGGACAGAUGGGUGGUAUAAUGUACUUUACUGUAUCCAUACAUCCUUCCUGUAAUUACACGCACAGUGCAGUGGUGGGAGGAUUACAUUAUGGAGCAGAUGAAAGAAUAUAAGCAGAGCACACACUAAGAAUUACAUACUAAAUGGAAUUUUCAGCAUAAAAAGACUUUGAAUGGUCUAUAUCUGUGAUUAUGCUUUGCAUAUAAUGUAUAUAAAUAAAUCAUAAAUGUGUCUCCUUUAUUCAGUUUGCAGAAAUGCAACUGGGUUAUCUGUGGUGUGGAUAUAUUUAAGAAUGAUUAUGGGUGAAGGAAUGGGAUAUGAUUUUGUAAUGGAUGCUUUCUGUGGCACUGCCAAUCAAUGACAUCUGCUUGACUCGCUCUAUUAUUUUCUUGAAAAACUCUGUAGUAUUGUUUUUGCUCACAUAUUUAAAGUGUGACGGUUACUGAUUAAAAAGAAAAUCUUUUGCUUGAUUAUCAAAAAAGCUGAUGUGUUGGUUGCAGACCUAAGCCUGAAAUUUUCUGUGGUGAAACCUCUGGAAUCGCAACUCAUAUCAAUUACUUUUUUGAAGACAUAUUUAAAAAUGGGGUCAGAUUCCAAUUCAAUCUGACUCUGCUAUGGCAAGGAGUAAGUUGUGAGUCAACAGCCGAGGAGUUUGUCUUGUGUACUUAGCCACAAGAGUGGAAACCAUUUAUUUUAAUUUAUUGGCAGAAUCUAUUAAGAAUUUGAAAACGCGUAUUGGUUCUAUAAUAUACAUUUGGUUUUUGUUCCUCUGAUGGUAAUGUAUUGUUAGCACAGCGUAUGACUGCACCAAUUCUAUCCCCUACUGAUUUAUUGCAGAAUAGGUGCCUGCACAGUGCAAGAUGGAUGCAAUAUGGAAGGCUUCAUCAAUUCAGUUCCUUUUCAUCACAUCUUGCCAAACAUCCAUUCCAGAUAUUCUUCAGUCUUUGAAUGGAGAAUCUUCUACAAUCAAUAGCUUAAAACUGUAUUUCCCUGUCCUACUUCCACGGCUCAACUAGAAUUGAUAUUUCAGUCAUUAUACCAUGUUGCUAUUUUCAGUCUUUCACAAUUCCAGGACAUUUCCUAAAGAUUGAAGAAUAUAGGUUUCUCUAGUUCUUGGUAAUCAAAUCCUCCAGCACUAGGAAUCAAACUUGUGGCCCUUCUCUGGGUGACAGUGUUUACUGUCUUGAAAUAUUCCUAAGGUCUACUCCACCUCAUGGAUACUCCAAACUAGAUCUAAAAGUGUCAUCUCACUUUAGGAGGAUUUUCUGUGGUCACAAUGUUAGCAACAUCAUGAACAUUAUGGAAAGUUUUUUUAUGUUCUGGUGAAAUAAUAUUAAAUUGUAAUCUUUAUAAUUUUAUUCAAAAUAGUGCUCAGAUGUCACCAAUGCAUGUUGAUUGUUGAAAGUCCUUCUCCAACAAUUGAAUAGCUACCACUUCAAUCUUGAAGUCUCCAGGUCACUUUACACAGAUUCAGAGUGUGGUGGAUUCCGCAAUGUGUAGCUGACAUAUGACAUCUUUUACCAGUCUAUCUACACACCGCUCAGCACCAAGCCCUUUCUUUAAUGAGAAGCCGUUUAUAUUUGAAGUCUGUGGCAAUGUAUAACUUUUACUUAAAUUUCUGCAGUGGCCAUUUGAUGUCAGUGGAAAAGUGAAACUUUGUUUAUUAUUCACAAUUGUACAACAUUUCUCUAAUGCACCUUAUAUUUUGUUAAUACGUUUUUAAGGAUGUCUGAAUUAUUGUAUUAAGAUAUUGGAAGGCUUUAUCAAACUAAAAUGCCACGCAUUAAAAUAAAAGCCCAUUCCUUUUGUCAUUCUGGA